UGGGUUAACAAGACUAUACACGUGUCGUAAAACUGUAGCUUAUAGCAUCCACGUGUCAAUCUUCCUUUCUAUAUAGCCAUGGACCAUGGUACAAAAUUCUCAGUUUUAACUUUACAUUAGUAGCAUGGAGAAUCCUGAAGGAAGAAACAUAGCCAUAACCGAUGGAAUGAGGCCGACUGUUUCUUCGGUUGUGGAAGCAACUGUAGCAGCCGUGACAGUGGUCGGGCCGCUUUUUGGUCUGAUGAGUUUCAGCUUCGUGGCGACGGUGACUCUGUUUCUGAUUGUUUCUCCACUGAUGCUGAUAUUUGCUCCGGUUUUGGCUGUGACGGUGGCAAUUAUUGUGGCAGCAGUGGUUGGUGUUGGGGUGGCUGCAGCCUUGUGGUUGGUGGGGAUAGCCGGUCUGGUUUGUUGUGCGAAAGAGAUUGGUGUUGGAACCGGAGUUGCUGAGAGGAUGGUCGAGUCGGUGGUGAGAGAGUUAGGUUAUGGUCGAAGUCGUUACUUACGAGAGAAGUGAGAGGAUGGGAAUUCUUCUUCUUCUCGAGCUUACUCUUCUUAAUUAGUAGUUCAAACUUGGAAAAAGCCUCUGUGCUAUAUUACUUGUGUCUCAUAGAAAAAGGUAUAAUUGUACACAAGAUUCUGUGCUUUUA